GGCCCGCCCUUAAAAACGUCACGUCGCGUCUGUAAAACAACACGUACGAACUGAGCGCCGUCAAUAACGCGAGAUUAGGGAUAAACGUUAAAUACCCUCCUGUGCUCCGGUACACGGACAUGACGGCGAAAUCCGUGUGACCGAAGAGUGUGAGGGCGCUUCUGAACACGAUCGCGCGGCCUCGUCAUCGACGGAUCGAGCGAUGGAUCGCGGCGGGUGCCGGAUGAACGGAGGCGGCGGUGGGGAUAUGAUCUCGCUGGAGGACCUGGAGUCCGUGUCGGAGGAUCAGCUGUCAGACAGUCCCGAGGAGGAGCUGGACGACCAGGAGGACCAGGAGAGACUCCUGCGCUACUGGAGAGAUGUGGCGCGAGGACACCAGGUGGAGGUGCCCAGAGACAUGGCCGAGCCCAUCCAGCAGAUCACCAGCAAUAACGACGGCACACACACACGGGAGCAGGUGCCGUACACACUCCUCACACGCAAGGAGAAGUGCGGGGAGGUGGUGUACGAGAAGCGGCGCUACGAGAAGGCGCACUGGGCCUGCAUCACGGUUCACGAGGAAACGUAUGAACAGAGCAUCUGCUACGGCUUCAUGAAGAUCAUGAGGUUCAUCUGCCAGCAGAACACAGCAGGGAGCUACCUGGGCAUGACCAUACCCAUCGUGACGGUGGUGCGCACCGAUGAGAUGCACACCACUCUGUCCCGGGCCGUCACUGUGGCGUAUUACCUUCCCAUGGUGCACCAGGGCGACCCGCCGCGACCCCACGACCCCGAGAUCAUCAUCGAGCAGUGGCCCGACACGGUCGUCUACAGCAGGGCCUUCGCGGGCGCCACUAACGAGCUGUCCAUCAUCAGCGAGAUCAGCGGUCUGGCCGAGGCUCUGGACUCUCCGGGCGACUGCGUGAACGACUCCUUCAUCGUGGCCGGAUACACCAACCCAGCGGCGGCCAAUCGGCAGAACGAGAUCUGGUUCCUGGAGAGGCCUUGAGCUGCUCGCUUUACCCACAAUCCUCUGCUCCUCUCAGAGUCAGUCCACACAACAGGUUACACGUCCUAGUUCCCGAUUACCCAUGAGCACUGCUCCUCGCUGUCGUCUGAUGAACACGAGCAGAAGCUCAUUUAUAUGCGCAACACUGAUUAUAAGCUACUACACCAAUGCAGACACCACAACUGCAGCGAGGCACUCUGGGCGCUGAUGCACAAGACAAUCAUGUGUUAUACCAUACACACACACUCACACGCUCUCUGUUCUGCUCGAUAAAUCAAUGCUCAUGUAGUCGUCUAAUCAAUAUAAUAGACACACAUACGUUUAUAUAUAUAUAUAUAUUGUCAUAGUGCUAUUUUUAAGUAUUUUUGUAAUGUUUCCUUUGCUGUUAUUCCUCCAUUAAGUGCAGAUGUCAAUCAAACAAGGAAAUGAAGGAGUUUUCGGAAUUGAACACACACACACACACACGUGUCUUUGAAUGAAGUUGAUGAGCUCUUGCAAACAGACGCCACGAUCAGUGUGUGUGUUUUACUCUAGCGCUCAUCGGGUUCGUGUCAGUGUAAACACUACAGCCACUGAGUUCUGAACGCUUCUCUUCAUAUUUCUGUUCUGAUCUCAAUAAACUAUUAUUGAAUCACA